CCAAGGAUCAGUACAGGAGCUAACCUUUUUAUCUCUACACAAUGGAGACGACAGGAAAUUCUGCAGAAACAAACUAUACAACUAUACAAAUAACUGUCAUCCGUGGAAAUAACCUGCAAGGAAAAAAGACAGACAGCUUCCAGAGUUUUCUGCAGGUUCAGGUGGAUGGAAAUGUGCUGGGAGAGUCAGAGAAGAAGCAGGUCGACCCUGUGGAGCAGCAUGUUGAUUAUGACUUUACCUGCAGCUUUCACUGUUCCAAUAAUACUCAGGCUCUCAGUGACAUCGCCCAUAAACCCAUCAUAUUGACAGUGAGAGAGGUCCUGUCUGAGGAGAAGAAAGCUGAGGCGAAGACAGCCAUGCUGGGCCAAGCUGUGGUCGACCUGCUGCCGCUGCUACAAGGUCAGUGCAGCUUUUCGUCCACAGUUCCAUUGAAUCCGGUGUACAGCCCUUCACCCAAAGAUUCUUCCCAGGACAUUGGCUCAAAGCAUCCAAACUUGGAUGUGUGUGUCAGUGUGACAGAUCCAUUGCUGUCAGAGGCUGAACUCUCAGCCUCCAAUCUGCUGAGGGUAACCAUGGAGACAGCCUACUCUAUUCCUGAGCCAUGGAUGCUGCAGACGGGCCCUGCCCCCCCUCCCUGCACAUACACUGCUGCCAUGGAGGUGCCGCUGACUGCACAGAAAAAUCAGGUGCUGGUGUUCUGUGAGGGGCAGCUGAAGGCAGGGGGAAAGAGGGAGGAAAAGGGCAGACAGAAGAAGAGGCCCCAUCGAGCCCUGCUUGUCCCAGGGAAUCACUUCCUGCCUGCUGCCUUUUCCCAGGAAGAGCACUUCGAACUGGAGGACGGCCAGCUGACUGGUUUAGAGGACAGGGAGUUUCGCAAUGAGGCAGAGACCACCAAGGAUAGGGUGAGCUGGGACACUGAGAUGCCCUGUUUCCUGGAUGCAGGAGGAACUACCAGACUGCGGCAGAAGAUCACUGAGAGCAGACUGUGGCCGGUGGAGAUUUCGAGGUCUUUGGCUCCGAUGACAAAGGCAGCAGAAAACAAGAUGCUGGCAGAGGAGGCCCCAGAGAUCCCCUUCCAUGGUGUUGUGUUUGUGGACUUGGGGCGGUUGCUCUAUCCUGGAGUCAGCCACAUCCGUGGAGCAUACAGCAUACUUCCCUUCUCCGAGGCUGAGUUGCUGAAAAAGGCCAAGCGGAGUGUCAGUGUGUUGAAGGAGCAGGCCAAGGCUGCAGCCAAUCAGCGCCAAGCUCGUGCUGCCUCCGCUGCAGGCUCGCAUAAGGCGAAAGCAGGCAAGAACUCUGAUGGGAAGGCCACAAAGGAUUCCAAGGAGCAAGCCAAGAAGCAACCUGGUAAUCAGAGCAGGACUUGUGCAGCCGACGGUGUGGCGGACACUGUGGCUGAAACUGAACCGAACGUCAAUAUGGAGGGAAAUAUGUAUGUGGAGGCCAGAACCUAUAUUAUCAUUGAUAUAGCCUUGGAGAAACCGCUGGUACCCAAAACAUCUUCGGAGGAGCUCUCUAGGAGGGUGAAAGCAUUGAUCCCACCCAGAUCUCCACUCCCAGCGGGUCCUAGCAGAGCAGAGAGAGCAGUGCUGGACUUUCACAGGCAGGUAGGCAGUGUGGUGACCCAUGUUUCUGACCAACACGAGGAAUUGUUUGGAUCGAGAUGCAAGGCACCUGAAGACUGCAGCCGGGAGCAGAUGAUGGUUCAGCUGAUGGGGUCGCUUAAUGUCUCUGGGAGAUACUUUGCUUUUAAGGAACAGUUGAAGCAUGCAGUGGUGAGGAUCGUACGAGACAAAAUGCAGCGGACAGAGCCCUUCACUGACCCUCAGGAGCUGAAAGCUUUUGUCAGCAAGCUCUACGUGUACCUGGUGGACGAGAUGCACACAGCUCUCAACAAGAUGUAUUCAGAUGACAUCCAUGAUGACUCCCCAGAUGAGAUCCAGUUGAGUUCCUCUCAGCUCAGACACUUUGCCAGAGAGGCUCAGCUCACUGGGGAUUAUCAGCAGGCCGCUCAGUACUACCAAGAGCUGGUGGUGAGGCAUCCCAGCGAGCCCUCUCACAAAUUUGAGUGGGGAAGCCUCUACAUGAGGACCGGAGACUACAUGAAGGCUAAAGAGUGCUACCAUGAUGUUGUUUCCAUCCAGCAGGCACACCAACCAAGCCUGAUGAUGUGUGGGGUCUUGGCAGCGAUGAUUGAGCAUCACAACGAGGCUCAGAUCUUCCUGGAGAGAGCUACCAGCUUAGACCCACACAGUGUGGUGGCAUGGACGCUGCUGGGUUUGCUUCAUGAGAGCCAGAACGAAUCCAUCCUGGCUGAGAGGGCUUUUCUGGAGGCCAGAAGGCAGCUGAGGGCAAAAGAGGCAAAGGAGCAAACACAGAGUGAGGAGGAGGAACAAGACAAGGAGGAGAAAGACGAGAAGGAGAACGACCAGCGAGAGGAGGAGGACGUGGCUACACCUGCAUAUCUCGCUCCUGCUGUUAAGAAAGACCCCGAGGGUGGAGGCCAGGACUCGGAGGUGCAGGGAGAGCCUCCAGUACAGACUGUCAGCUCCAGAUCAGAGGCAGCUAAACUCUCCUCCUCCUCUAUUUACACAGAGACAGUUCAGUUCCUGCUGCAGAACUCUGCCCUGCAGAUGGCGGAGCAGGCUCUGUCCCUGAAGCUGCUGUGUUCACACGGGGGGCGCAGCGGCUCCUAUCUUCUUCAUCUGGCCCGGUUGCAGAUGCUUAGAGGCGACUACUGCAGUGCUGCAGCCAGCCUCCAAGAGGUGCUGGUUCACAGAGAACAGGAUGUGGAUGCGUGGGCACUGAAUGGUCACUGUCUCCAUUUCCGGGGAGAGGUCAGUAAUGCCCAGGAGAGCUACGAGCGGAGCCUGAGCUUCCUGCAGCAGCCAUCAGACCCACACCUUGUCCUCAUCCGUCUGGGCUCCAUCUACCUCCAACAGAGAAAGUUUGAUCAAGCCAAAGUCGUCUUCCUUCAAGCCUGUGAGCAGUCCCCUUCCUGCCUGACCUGGCUGAACCUGGGCAUCGCCUGUUACCGGCUGGAGGAGCUGUGUGUAGCUGAGGAAGCUUUGACCGAAGCCAACCAUUUGAACACUCAGAACGCAGAAGUGUGGGCUUACCUGUCUCUGCUCUGCAUCAAGUCUGGCCGACAAGAGGAAGCAGAGCAGUUUUAUAAGUAUGCAUCACAGUUCCAGCUGCAGAGGGAGUCACUCCUCAGAGAGUACAGUCAGCUGAAGGAUCAGCUCCGCUUCUCUCAUCUGCAGUCAUGCUUCGGAACAAGCUCAUAAAUCACAUGACAAAGUACAUUUUAGAAAACUUUUUUAUUCUAUUUUAAGUAUUUUACACAUCCUGUGAAGAUGAAACACAGCUAGCUCAGAUGCACAUGAUGGUCAGAGAUCUUACAGACGGUGCAGAUUAGUAACUGUACGGACCGUGAUAAAGUUCAAUAUCCACAUUUUAAAUAAACUCAAAGCGACACAAAAGUCUGAAAGGUAUAUAAAGCAACUUCAAUGUGGUCAAUAUAUUCUUUAAAAAAAAAUACAUAUCAAAAAAAAAAAAGAACAAGGGCAUCUGGUGACAUCUAUCAAGACAUUACUUUUAAUCAUUAUCUCACUUUUCAUUGCAUUUCUACAAUCUGAACAGCAAAAAAGCUGAUAAGAUGCUGUUUUUGUAGUUGUUCUCUAAUGUCUUACCAGAUUUUGGCACAAUCCAUCCUACACUGGAAGGAGAUGUAAAGAGGAAUAUAUAUGUUGGCUACAAUUUCUGUAGAAUUGACUAAAAAUGCAUGUGCUGAAAAUAUGCAUUUUAAGCCGGAAACUAUCGGUUAUUUAAACUUUGGAAAUGUAAUGUUGUGUUUGAUUGUAACUGCAUUUCAGAUGCAAUUAAAACAAACUGUAUUUUAUGGAA